AUGUACGAUCAUCAUCAGGGCAUUGACACCGGUGCAUGUGAGUUAAAUUGUGUUAUAUCAUGCAUUGACCUUGAUCACUAUUUUGAUGUGGUAACAAAUUUAGUAGGACUGGCUGCGGCUAUUCUUGGUGAUAGCUUCUACUGGUGGAUUGACCCUGCUGGUGCCAUUCUCCUUGCUGUUUAUACAAUCUCAAAUUGGUCUGAAACUGUCAUGGAAAAUGCAGUUUCGCUUGUGGGAGAAUCAGCCUCUCCUGAAAUCUUGCAGAAAUUAACUUAUCUCGUCUUAAGGCACCCUAAAGUCAAGCGUAUUGACACAGUUCGUGCUUACACUUUUGGCGUUCUUUAUUUUGUUGAGGUUGACAUUGAGCUCCCAGAAGAAUUACCUUUAAGAGAAGCACAUGCUAUCGGAGAAACCUUGCAGAACAAGAUUGAGAGACUCCCUGAAGUUGAAAGAGCAUUUGUUCAUCUUGACUAUGAAUGUGAACACAAGCCAGAGCACACCAUCCACAACAGGCUUCCCGACAACGCUUAGCCUUGAUUUCUAGUAUCUCCCUCAUGCCAUUACUUCCACAAGCUAGCGGCGGUAAAUACAUUGAACAACAAGGUUUUCAUUAUAUAUGUAAAGUUUGUUACAGGGAAUCUUCAUUUUUUACUUCUGAACCAAAUAAGAUGGAAAGUUUUUCUUGCU